AUGGCUGAUCUGCCUACAACGCCUCAAAGACGAGGGUCAUGGUCCAAGGUUGUCAUAUUUGUCUCACUAUAUGUCUUGUUGCUCGAAUCCCUCAUCGAAUGGGUGCUUGUGAUAUAUCUGUUCGUCAACCAACAAGUCGAUUCCAAGAUGCUGCCGAGCUUGAUUCUGGUUCUCAUUGCGUCUCUCUUCACCGUACCACUUGUGGUUUUGCAUAGCCUACUCGCGUGGCAGUACAACAGAGUCCAAGGAUUCCGGCGGCAAAAGAAAUUCUUGCACGCCGUUUGCACCCAUCUUCUGCGGCUGACAACGAUUGUCUGGGUGGCAGCGAGUGUGGCGGGCUUGGUGGUCAUUUCGCAGCAGAUUUCCUGUCUUCCGGACAGUAUGAACGGCGGAUUCUGGAAAACCGGUGUCAGCUGUGCGCUUCAUAGAGCUGCCGUUAUCGUUUCAGUUCUGUCUUUUAUCACCGUCUGUCUCUAUUUCUGCUCCCGCGAGCUUUGCCGCCGCCCUUACGACGUUUCUCUGUUGGGGGUAUACUCGCAGCGACAGCCAAUCCGCGACGACAGUAUCUGUUCUCAAACAAGCUUUGACAGAGAAAGCUCCCUAAGGAAUGACAUUUACUACCUUUGCCGUGGGCCUGAUGUCACGUUCGGCACCCAGGGAGUCUAUAUAACGUCCAGCAACGACGACCUCAUUGAAAAGGCCGUUUCUCCGACUAUUCAGCAUCCUCGACCGAUACGUCCAAAGUCUCAACUUUGGCUUGAUACAGACCAAGAAUGCGAAGCAGCAGAGAUCCUGUCAGGGACAACUCUUGCAUCCCCAGUAUCUCGCACGCCUACUGUCGCAACGCUGAAAACUGCAAGCGAGGCUUCGUUACAAGUUCCUCCCUUUGCGGAGCUGUCCGGGACUCCCGAGGUCCCUCCAAUCCCUCCUUCACUCGGACACACGAGACAAAAGUCAUCCAUAUCAUCCCUUUGCAGGUCCCUUCUCAAAGUCCUACCCAAAUCACUUCCUCUGUCGGCGGAUCCUCAGAUCCGCGCUCUAGCUGAAGCUGAUCCCCGUCGAGAUAUCGAGCAGCAAUCACAGGGCGACGAUGUUGCUGUAAAGCAGGAACAAACUGGGCAGUCACCAACCUCUUCACCCAGACAGAACCCAUCCCUAGCCUCUACACCUGAUCGGCGUUCUGAGAUGGAAACCUCUGUGGCUCUAGCUGAGUUGAAAGAACCUUCUCGCUCACGAUCAAUGACAGCAAAUUCCGCCGAUGCUCCCGAAGUUGUGGCACCCCCGGCCACAGUUCGCAGAUCCAAUACUUCAAAUACCCUUCCUGCGUCUCACUCUGCCUAUCAGCCCCAGCACCCGGCUUACAUGCUCAUCCCACCAAAUCAGAUCGCCCGACGGCCGAUGGACCGACCUCCCAAUCGCAGGGUGUCCCUCAUUGAGCCUAACACGGUAGCCCGUCGUCACACGCAUCGCUACAGCCAAAGACAAAGACCAAUCUACCAGUUCGAUCCAAACCAGAUUCCUCGUCACACUCAGAGCCACCAUCACCGCCCUCACCAGCCAUUCGAGCAAUACCGUCCUAUGGGCCCCGCCUGGCGCAGAAACGACGUUGAAAUCAUUUAUCCCAGCACACGAAGGCCGCGCAGCUCGACUUGCGGCGGGAUUGCUUCCGUCGGACACGGACACCUGGAUAGUAUCAGGGAGACAGGCACAUCCGUGGACGAGGCUCGAGCAGCUGUGACACUUGAUGGUCGAUGGAGGCGAACCAUCCUCAACGGAAAUACGUACCGUGGUGCCAACCGCACCAGUUUGUAUGGAUUUAACUAG